GAAUGCAACUCGCAUUACACGAAGGAGUUGCCCUUUCUCAACAGCAUCAAAUUUAUGAUCACUUCAGCCUAGAAACAAAUUAAAGCUAGAUGUAAAGACUGCUGCGAAAAUUGUGAUUUCCUUGCAAAACCCAUCGGUUGUGAAUCAUUCAGAAAUAGUUUAUAAUGCGGGAAUUGUACUGAGCUGGAAUUAUUUACGGAUGGACCUGGUGUCUGUCGCCUGAGACAUCAUUUACAAUCCGAGGUGAGACUGACGAGGCGGGACCGCCGACAGGAUGGUGGAGCGGUCGGACCGAGCCCCCCUGCUGGACUGGGAGGAGGUUCCGUCGGCGGAAAAGCCCUGCGGUACCGCACCGGCGGCCGAUCACGUUAAAGACCGACUUUCGAGCCCCUCCAACAGCCGCUCCUUAUCAGGAUGCGCGGCGCCGGGGUUUGGGUGGAGCAGCAUGCCGGGGGGUCCCGCUCCCAGCAGGCUGUCCUCCGGCGCAGACGGCUGCGGCUCUUCCCCCGCGACCUCCAGCGUCCCGGCGGGCUCGGAUGAAGCGCUGCGAGCUGACACGGAGCAGCAUCUCUCGGAUUCAGGACCGAGGGAGGCGUCGCUGGAAGACAGGAUGGUGAAAUGGGAGGAAAAGGACCAGAUUGUGUCGGUCUUUGUGGUCACGUUCAAUACCAGAUCAGGAAACAUGCUGGAGUGGUGUCUGCCCAAAGACAUGGACCUGGAGGGCGUGGAAUUCAAAGCCAUCGCUAGUGGCUCUCACCGAGUCACCACAGACUUCAUCUACUUCCGGAAGGGCUCCUACUUUGGCCUUGCCUGUUUUGCCAACAUGGCCGUGGAGAGCACGGUGGAGAGGGGGGCCAGAAUGAAGUCUGUGGGAAUCCUGUCUCCGUCCUACACCCUGCUCUACCGCUACAUGAGCUUCCUGGAGCACCAGGUCAGGCUCCAGCUUCAGUCCCCAGGCCACUACUCGCCCCUGGAGGCCUUCUACGAGGACAAGAGAGCGCUCCUGUCUCCUAGCGGCGAUAACGUUGUCACCAUGUGUCCGGCCAGCGCCUGGGGAGCCGCGAUCAAUCACAGCAUGCACCCUGAGAUGAAGAUCACCCACCCCGCAGGCUGCAUGUCCCAGUUCAUCCGCUUCUUCGGGGAGCAGAUCAUGGUGCUGUGGAAACUGGCGCUCCUCCGCAGGCGCAUCCUCAUCUUCUCUCCUCCACCUGUGGGCGUGGUUUGCUACAGGGUGUACUGCUGUUGUUGCCUGGCCAACAUCUCCAUCCCGGGGGUCGGCGUCGCCGUUCCCGAGUUCCGCCCCUUCUUCUACGUCAACGUGGCCGACAUCAGCGCCCUGGAGAACGAGCUCUCCUACGUGGCAUGCACUACGGAGAAGAUCUUUGAGGAGAAGAAGGAUUUGUAUGACGUGUAUGUAGACAAUCAGAAUGUGAAGACCUACAGAGACGGACUGAAGCCUCUGCUCCGCCUCAGCACUGCAGACAGGGAGAAGUACCGCAAACUCACUGAACAGAGGCAGAUGCUGCUUUACUCCCAAGAGGAGAACGGAGACUGUGUGUCCAGUGAGGAGGAUCUCUUCAUUCUAUUCUUCCUGGAGCAGAACAACCGAAUUUUCCAAACUCUCAGCGAGGUUGCCGGCAGCCCCGACCCCACCCUGACCCAGGAGAGCGUGAGGGCCAUGGGUCUGGACCCCCACGGAGACAGGCUCUUCCUGCUCCACCUGCUGGAGAUCUACGGCUACGACACCCUGCUGGUGUCAGAGCAGCUCUGCUGCAGCUGAGACGACCCACGGGACGGGCCCUCCUGCCUUUCGCCCGCUGCUGGGCCGCGUCGCCUUGAGCCACAUCGAAGUUGCUGCACUACUGGUUUUGCUUCUGUCCAGAGAACCGACCCUGUCUCUCGUUUUCGUUUUCAUUUUCGUCUCAGCUCUUCUGUUCACUGUGAUUCGGCUCUGUCCCAACUUGGACGCGGCUGCAGUAUUUCAAGAUCGAAAGUCUAGACCUGUGUGAUGGCGAUUGAGUCUUCACGGGGGAACAUUCGGUGCUGCAGGAUGACGAAACAGAACUUCUGAGGGAAAGUGACAGAGGGGACGCCUUCCUGUAAAUAAUCCAGAUUUUUUCUCUAUGUGUGAAGUGUCAGCAUAUGUGUGAUAAUGGGUCCAACUUCCUGCCAGUGUUCCUGUCCUUUACAUCCAGUUUUCAAGCCUCCGCGUCCAAAUCAGGGCCUCCUUCCUGUCCUGAAGCCUUCGUCUUCAAGAGCCAUGCCUGUACCCACUGCUGUUUAAGUGGAUUAUUUAUUUAGUGUUAUGACUAAAGUUUUAUGUUUUAGCUGAAACCAAACCAUCCGAUUGAUCGGUGGCCUCACCCUUAGUCCCAUUCAAAGAAACAGGGGUGUAGAACAUAGAUUUUGUGACUGGUACGAGCUGGUCCUGCAGAGCUCAGAGGAAACAAGUUAUCACAAAGAAUACUCAUCACGUUGUUCGGCGCCGUCUUUUCACAAAGUCCUGUCAUAUCUAUUUAAAACGCACCAUGGAAGAUAUUUAUAGCUCCUGCAACAACAAAGCAGCAGAUGCAUCAAAGGGCAAACACAAGUUUGGAGAAUUUUUUUUGUUCUUAGUGAAUUAAUUAAGGUGGUCAAAGUUAAAGUUAAGUUUAUUGUAUAAAUUCAUACAUUGACACUAUUGAGGAUUCACGCAUAGUUCUGAGCCUAUAAUGAGUCGACAGACCCCAGCUCUAUUACUCUUACUUUCCUUAGACGCAAUGUGUAACUGGUCAGAACCUCACACACUCGGUCACUAAACUGCUACAUUUAUUUAUUGGACUUUAGUGGCAGGUUUUAAAGGUGCAAUCUGCACUGUUGGCCACCAGGGGGCAGAACUAGUUCAGGAAACGAGGGACUCUUAAUAAUACACCUAAACGAGUGCUGCUGCAUAGAGCUAUAAAAAGCUGAGAAUUUUAAACAAGACGAAGUGGUCAGUGUGAACGUUAGCUGAAACGCUGAACAUUUUAAAGUUUAUUUAAAUUCAGAGAACUGGAACUAUACUGUAUAUUGAGGUAAUAUUUCUUUUUUGCUUCACCCUUUGUUUUCCUAUGAUAUUGUAAGCUAUGACAUAGGACUGUGAAUCUUUUUGUAUUUUAAAGCCGCUCAUCCUUUGUCAUUUUUUUUACCGUUUACAUCAUUUAGCUGUACCUUGAUUUGAGUGUAAAUAUUUCGGAACAAUACCGGCCUGUGAAGAAAUGGGAUCAGCUGAAUGUGUUUUCUAAGGCGACUUUGAUCCCACUGAGCCUCCGUUACACUGAAACUGCUGCGAGGACGCAGCGUUACGCAUAUUUUGACCUGUACAGACCCGAAGCAAACGUCUUUGUAGUUUAAAGGCAUAGUCAGACUUCUGUUAAAACACCUUUAUUUAUUUUACUGUAAACCAUUUCACAAAUAAAGCGCACAGCCACUUCCUGGA